CAAUCAAGUACACAGUCAAAAGGAAGCAAGAAGUUCUCACUCUCAUCUCAAUCAAUAAAGAAAAGCCACCAACCAUGUCCAGCUCAACCCACCUCUUCUUUUCCCUCUUGCUCUUCUUCGCCGCUUCAACCCUUUCUCCCCUCCUUGCCACCGACCACAUCGUCGGUGCCAACCGCGGCUGGAACCCCGGCAUCAACUACACCCUUUGGGCCAAUAACCACACCUUCUACGUUGGCGACCUCAUCUCGUUUAGGUACCAAAAGAACCAGUACAAUGUGUUUGAGGUAAACCAAACCGGCUAUGACAACUGCACGACUGAAUUUGCGGUGGGGAACUGGAGCAGCGGCAAAGAUUUCGUGCCCCUGAAUGAGGCGAAGAGGUAUUACUUCAUUUGCGGGAAUGGACAGUGCUACAAUGGAAUGAAGGUCUCUGUACUUGUCCAUCCUCUCCCGCCGCCCCCAUCGGCUUCUGUGGGCGUUGAGCAUCCCCCAACGAGUUCUGCUGCCUCAGUGGUUCUGGAGAGGGGGUUCGGGGUUCUGGUUGUAUCUUUUGUUGUGAUUUGUUUUGGAUCCGGGUGGAUGUAGUGCCGGAGGUUUUGGCUCUUGGCUUUGUCCCUCGUCUAGUUGAGAGGGAAGUGUAUUAUUCGUUUGUUUUAUUUUCAAAGGGGUAAAAGGACCUUAGCAGUACCUUUGUGAUUUGACGCGAUUCACGCGAAUUCAAAUAGACCGAUCGGUUUCAAAAUGAA